GGAGAUGCAAGCGACGCCAGGUGAGAGUUUGGCGCAACUUUGAUGAAGACGGGAGCGCGGAGCUGUGUCUACACGGAAACCGUCGGUAUUUAAACCUGCUGCCGAGCCUCACCGCGAACAGCCUCACCUCUGUUCCAUCACCUGUGCUGGAUGUUACAGGAGAAAGAGAGAAAAAAAUCAGUGUGACUCUCGCAGAGGACGGACUUGUUUAAAUAAGGUUUUAUUGGUGUGACUGCUGAACCAAACAAUGAUCCUGAACGCCACAGACUUGGGCUGGGAUUCUGAAUCCUCAGGUGCAGAGCCCAUCAUCCCAUCAGACCAACUGGGAAGGUCGUCUGCUUAUGAACUCCCACCUCUCACAGUGUGGGGCGUGGCCCUCUGCGUUUCAGGGACCCUCAUUGCGACUGAGAAUGCCAUCGUAGUGACCACCAUCCUGGCCACCUCGUCUCUUCGUGCCCCUGUCUUCCUGCUGCUUGCCAGCCUUGGUAUGGCUGAUCUUCUGGCUGGUGUGGCGCUGAUUCUGCACUUCCUCUUCAUGUUCUGUGUGGAGCCCAGUGAUUGGUCAGAACUGCUGACCUCAGGACUACUGGUGACAUCACUGACUGCCUCCCUCUGUAGCCUAAUGGGUGUUGCCUUGGACAGGUACCUGUCUCUGAGCCACGCCCUCACCUAUGGCUCAGGGCAGUCGCGGCGGAGAGCCGCCAUCCUCCUGCUGCUGGUCUGGUUGGGUGCAUGCAUGAUUGGGGCGGGGCCAGCAAUGGGAUGGCACUGUCUUGAAGACCCAAAUUCCUGUUCUGUAGCACGACCUCUGACCCGGACAUAUCUAUCGCUGCUGUGUGGGGGCUUCCUAGUGGUUGUAAUGGUAACCCUGCAAUUGUACGCUGGGAUCUGCCGUGUCGCUAGGCGGCACGCCCAUGCCAUCGCUACCCAAAGGCAUUUCCUCCCUUCCAAUCAGUCAUAUGCAAGCAAGCACGGCAGCGGGAGAGGUUUCUCUAGGUUGAUCCUGGUCCUCAGUGUGUUUGUGGGCUGCUGGAUGCCCUUCUCCCUCUGGGGGCUGCUAGGAGAUGCGUCCAGCCCUCCUCUGUACACCUAUGCCACCUUGGUGCCAGCUGCAGGUAGCUCCCUACUAAACCCUAUUCUCUACAGUCUGAGACACAAAGACAUUCGCAAGGUGCUGCUCCACGCCUGCUGCCCACACAGAUACUCGCACAGCACACACAUACACUACCCUGUUGAUGUGUAAACUGCCAAACCUCAGCAGACUCAACCCAACACAAGAUCUAUGCCAGACAUAUCACCGUUUGUGUGCCAAAAUACGCUCAUUGCUGCACUGACUGUCACUUGGAUCCAGAACGAGGAGUCUCUGACACAUGCAUACUCCCACACACGCAGGCAGCACUUUUCAGAGAUAAAAGUGUUUCUACAAAUCAGAAUGUACUGAGCUGUCCUGGCUGGUGGCCAUUUUGGGACAAAAGAUACUGUUUGUGCUGUGUACCUCAUCCUCAGUCAACUGUAGCUUCACUGGAUUCCCAGAAGAAAACAAUCACAGAAAUACUAUAAUGUGU